CAUUGGCAAUACAGGUACUGAAGAUGGCCCAAAGACAUGCUGCUGAGAACAGAAGAAAUGUAAUAGAGACGUUCAAAGUUCACCUUCAUGAUGAUAUUGAGAAAGCAUUCCAGAAGUUCAGAAUGACAGUGAUUCAUACAGCAUCUGACGGAACAUGGGAAGUUAGGAACCGUUACAUGACACUUCACCCUGAAGUGGCAAUACAAGAAAUAUUUGAGAAAUUUAAAUUUAUUAUGUUAAUGGAAGAGCCUUCAACUAGAUCACAGAUUAAAAUGCAUCAAAAGAUUGAAUCCUCCAUCCUGAACUUUCUUCAGAUUCUAAGAACAGAUGUUAAUGCCAGUGCCUUGUUUCAUUUAGCAAUAUGUGUCAGCCAUUCUGUGCUUCAGGAGGCAGCUAUGAAACGUUUGUUACCCAGAGAAGAAGAUGAGAAGACAGAGCAGGAUGGAGAAGAAAGAGUUAAGCCACCCAAAGGUGAUGUUAUUAAUCUGCUGAAGAAUUACCUGAAGCGUUGUUUACAACGUGGUGCAUUAAAUUUAUCAUUGCUUGAUAAGAUAGAAGAAAAAAUUGCUGAAGAGUGUAAUUUUCCGUCCUUUGCUGAAAUUGGUUAUGGAAGAUUUCUACACUUUACCUUACAGGAGACAAAAGAAUUGCUUGAGGAAUAUGGAGGAACAUCACUUGGUUCUGGUUCAGGGAGCAGUGAUUCUGAGAGUGGCUUUAAACCUUGUAAUGGGGAUAUACUCAGCUUCAUCCAUCAGUGUACACAGUGUGGUAAAGUCUCCGAAGAAGACAUAGAUGCAGCCUUGUGCAACCAGUUCAAUGUAAAGGAGACUAGACAUUUAGGUUAUGGGAAGAUAACCAAUCUGAUGACAGCAUCAAAGAAACCAGGUCAACAUCAAUAUCAUGAACACUCCUUGGUGUUUGAAGUUGCCAUGGGAACUGAUGUCAGAAUAAAGACAGAAUCAAAGAUAGGAAUGUUAGGUCAUCAAACCAGAGAAGCUGCCCUUGCCUGCCUACAUAAUUGCCCACUAUUAGAAGAUAUGGAGAUAUGGAGCCACUGGUCUCUUGUAUUUGAACCAGAACUAGGCAAACUGAAAGAAUUUAUCCAGAAAUAUGGAGGAACAAAUACUAUUCCCGUUGAUGGUGGUAAAAGGUCAUUUACAUACCAUAUCAUUGCCAUGGAAACAUCACCAGGAGUUUUACUGAAGUUGACCAGCCAAACUUCUACUGAAUUGUUUGAGGAGGCCCUGAUGCAAAAGAACCCCAGAAAUGUUUGUGGACAAUUGAUGUCUCUAAUUGUGUCAAAUAAAGGCAUGAAGAAUAUACCUCUGGCUCUGAUAACAAAUCAGAUGAAAUCUCAGUUGUUUACCAUGCAUGCUGCUGAUACUAAUGACAGUCUACCUGGAGCACCACCAUCAGACAACCAUACAGAUGAAGCUGUUCAGUUUGUUCUGCAAUGUCUGGUUAUUUUGCCUGUCAAAACCUGUGUGUCAUUAGCCAAUCAGAUAUUUUUAGAGCCAUUAGGACAGGUGGUAGGAUCAUCUAAAUCCAAGUUUUUAUUGUUAUCUGCAUGUCAGACAGCAGACGACACUAACAGACUACAGGAACUAGGAUGUAUGUUGGGGGUAGGAGAAUGGACGAGUCAGAUACAACAGAAAUGUCAGAUAAUGAUGACAGAUGUAGAAAUCGUACCAGAGGAGGAGGCUGAGAUGAUUGUUUUGGACAACAAUGAAGUAGAGGAAGAUGAAGAAGAAUUCGAGACAGCAUCAGUGAGCUCUGAUCUCAGUGAAAUCCUGUUAGAAGGAGACAUUGACAAAAAAAAUGACAAAUCUACAGAUAAAACAUCAUUGACAGGUGAUGAGGUGUCAGAAUUCAUAAGUGAGACAAUAACACUAACAACCAAGGAAAAGGAAGAUUCAGCAGAAGAAAUUAGUGAUUUGAAGGAUAUGGAAAUUAAGAUUGAUGAAGAAAUCCAAUCUGAACUAUUUAUAAAUGUCUGUGAAAAAGCUGUAAAUACUAUUCGUAGAGAAGAGUUUGGAAUCGGUAUAGAAUUAAAUGAAGAUGGACAAAGAUUGAAAAUAGUUCAAGAUGAGAGACUUGGUAGAAGUUUGGAUCGUCUGUCAAAAGAUUUGUACAGUAAAGAUACUCACUUUGUGCUGGAAUUGAUACAGAAUGCAGACGACAAUGAUUACCCAGAAUUCCUAGCUAGAAAUGGACAGAUGGCUUCUGUAAAGUUUAUUAUGCAGACAGAUGGAGUGAUUGUUCUCAACAAUGAGAGUGGAUUUUUAGAGAAAAAUAUCAAAGCACUUUGUGAUGUAGGAAGAAGUACAAAAGGAAAGCACAAAUUUGGAUAUAUAGGUCAAAAGGGUAUAGGGUUCAAGUCAGUGUUUCGUGUGACUGAUAGACCAGAGGUACAUUCCAAUGGCUACCAUAUCUGCUUUGAUGUACAGAGUGGACCAAUGGGAUACAUUCUACCACACUGGAUAGAAGAUGAAUGGAAUGCAUAUGAAAGUUGGACAACAAAGAUAGUCCUUCCCUUGAAAGAAGAGAUGAAGAUUCAUAUGAGAUCAUUAGCAGCCAGAUUUAAUGACAUUCAUCCAUCUUUACUGCUGUUCUUACACAGAUUGAGAGAAAUUACUAUUGAUAACAAGGUAGAAAAUUCCUCCCAGGUGAUGAGAAGAAAUGAUUUAGGUAAUGGUGUGAUAGAAAUAGAACAUAAUAAUGGAAUAGAUAGAUGGCUAGUUGUUAAGAAGAUGUUGGAUGCUUCAAAAAUAUCUCUCCAGGCCAAAUCUGGAGUUGAAGUGGAAUCUACAGAGAUAUCUUUGGCGUUCCCGCUGUCAGAUCAGUGUGUCUUAAGUAAGGUUAUGCCACCUAAACAGCCUGUAUUUGCCUUCCUUCCACUGAGGAGUUAUGGUUUUAGAUUUAUUAUCCAGGCUGACUUUGAUGUUCCUUCCAGUAGAGAGGAUGUGGAUUGUGACAGUGCAUGGAAUCAGUGGAUUAGAAAUGAAAUCCACAAACUCUUUUUGGAGGCUCUGGAAGUUUUCAAGAAUCAUGAAGAGUUUACUGGAAUGAAGGCCCUUAUAAACUUUCUACAGUUUGUUCCAGUAGAGGGUGAAAUACUAGAUUUCUUCAGACCUGUUUCCACACAGAUUCUUAAACAACUUAGAGCUAAGCCUUGUCUACCAACUCAGCCCUACAAUGGUGGUGAUGUAUUAUGGAAGUUACCAACACAGGUUGUCACAGUAAAGGACUCAUUGGUCCAUGAAGUUGUCACACCAGAGUUCCUACAGAAACAUUUGGACCUUUUCUACCUUCACAGAGAAGUUGCAGACAUGUUGAACCCUACGCUGAUACAGUGUUUAGGAAUAGAAUCUCUAACAGUUAGCCACCUUAUUCAGAUAGGAAAAGCUAUUACAAUGUUACCUAUCAAUGAAGACGAUUUCAAUACCAGGAUAUGUGUAAUAGCCAAAUGGUUAGCCUGUGUGUAUCGUAGCUUAGAUGAAUUUCAUGACAACCAGGAGAUUUACAGUGAACUAAAGAAGAUGAAUAUCAUACCUCUAGCUUCACAAGUCUAUGUAUCAUUGGAGGAUAAUACUAUCUUCUUUCCUCUGUCUCUGGAAGAGAUGGCAAGAUCACAUAAGUACAGAGAUCCAAUAUCUUAUCUACAAGAAGACAUGAAAACCGUCCAUCCAUUGUUUCUGGCAGCUCCUGACAAUGAGGUCAACUCACAGGUUCAGAAAAUGUUGGUAAAACUGGAUGUCUGUCAGUUAACACCAAAUGAUGUUAUCAACCACCAUAUACUUCCUGUGUUAAAGUCAGAUAUGUGGAAGGUUAAAAACAGGGAAACAUUGAUUAGCUAUCUGGUUUAUAUUAAAGAACAGACAGAAAAGAACAGCUCAUUGGUCAAUAUGGAUGAGUUAGCUAAUAUUGCCAUAGUGAUGACCAAUCAGGGUGAAAAGAAUCCUAAAAAAGACAAUGUUCAUUUCACACCUGUAUAUGGAAACAAAUAUAAUUUGAUGCAAAUUUUUCCAGGAUAUGAUUGGUGUUUGUUAGACAGUGUAUACAUACAGGACCAGAGCAGUAACACAGAGAAACAAAAAUGGCACAAAUUUUUCUGCAGACUUGGCAUCACUGAUUUCAUCACAGUUAGACCUGUACAGGUGGAAUUGGAUUCUGAAUCAGUGAAAGAAAGUGCCUGGUCCUCUUUAGAACAGUUGUAUCCUGAAGACUUCAGCCAGGGUUGUGUUAUAGAAGAUUACAGCUGUGAUGAAAUCAGGGAUCUAUUGAAAUCCAACACGUGUCCUCAACAUUACAAACAACAGAUGAAAUCCCUUUGUGAAUACCUAGAUCAGGUCUGGGAUACACAAUUUGUUAGAUACACAAAAACAAAACUAAUCAGAAAGGAUAACAAACAAGAGAGGGAUGUUGAAUCGUCCUUCUGUAUCUGGUUGAAAACUUGUGACUGGUUACCUGCCAUUGAAGUGAAGGCAGAAGUGGGAAAUAAUGGUGCCAUUAAGUAUUCAGAAGAAGUUUGCUGUCAGAAGCCUUGCACAUUAUAUUAUCCAUUUGAAAAGAUUGUAAAGUUGCUUCAUUACACUGUGACAUAUGUUGAUGGGCCGUUCAAUACAGAUAAAAAUUCAUUUGCAAACUUUUUGGGUUUGAAAUCUGAUGUAUCGUUAGAGGAUCUAAUCAGUAGUUUGAAAAAAUGGGGUCAAAGGUCUGAUGGUAGUAUUCCAACAUUAUUUGUAACUUCACAAAGCCAUAUAGAAUAUUUGUACAACUACCUUGGGGAUAAUCUAAACAAGAAGCAGAUUCAGGACCUAUUAGACAAGGAACCAGUCAUAUUUGUUCCUGUGAAGACAAAAAGUUAUGACAGAGGAGAUCCUAGUAAACAAAGAUUUAAUGUCAAUGUUGCUGGUCAGAUGCUUAGCCGACAGGAAGUUUGGUGGGAAGACAAAACAGAACUGUUCCAGAAAUAUCAGGAUAUUCUAACAGAGAUUCAUGCUGAUAUUGGCAUUAAGAAGAUUCUCUCUAGGUUUAUGAAUUAUUCUAAGUCACCUAGUCUGAGAGAAUUUUUCAGGACUGGAAAAAUUCAAACCUGUCCAGAUGUUGGAGAAUAUUCUGAACUACUUGUUCAUGUUGCUAGUUCACAGAAUCGGGUGGAAUCAGAGACAUUACAUGAUGUCAUGAAAAUAUUGUCUAUUAUAGGAGAUUUAAUGUAUAUUGAUGAAAAUGAUCUAGAAAUAGAAACCAAGAAAAUGUUUUAUGAAAUUCAAAAGAAGAAAAUGUUGAGUCAUUUCAAAGGGCAGAAUAUCAUUCCAACAAAAAGAAAGACAUGGACAUCAAUUGAGAAAAAUCCUCUUAUUGCUGACAACAAUGAAUAUGAACAUAUCUUUAAGAAUGACGACAAUGUUCAUUUUGUUCUGAUGGAGGAAAAUGAACAUCGUAGAGGGCAGCACAAUGUUAGAGCUUCAGUUAGGGAAUCCUACCAUACAAAUGCUGAUGCCAUGAUGAGAGUUCUGAGAAUGUGUGAUAUUGAGCAUCUCAGUGAGGUUGUCGAGGAACAGAUCAUUCCCAGCGGGUACAAACUCUCCCCACGUUUACAAAACUACAUGAUAAAGUGUGUACCACUGGUGCAAGUAUUCCUGUUUAAUAACCAUAGAAAUACCUAUCAAAGUUUGAUUGACGAAGGCAUGGUAGACACACUUUCCAGACUGAAUUGUAUCGAGACUGACAAACUUGAAGUGAAAUACUGGUUUAAGAAUGACCCAGAUAUCUUUAAAUUAAAGGAAGAAAAUUGCAAACUGAACAAAGAGGAAUUUUUUUUUCAAAAACGACGUGAGGAAUCCUACAACUUUGUUGAUAUAAACAAAGCCAUAGCAAAAGUCUUUAGUAACAAUGACCGUGUAUGUUUCAAUGAUUUAAGAGAUUUGCUUACGGAGAUUCAUAGCUGUAUAUUUGAAAAAACAAAUGCGACACUAGAAGAUUGUUUGAGCAAAUAUAGUGCUAUUAACAUGGAUGACACUGAAGUGAAAUGGACAGUUCCACCGUCUUUGUUACCAGAUGUUGAACCAGUUGUUCAACAAGAAGAAGAUUAUGUUGAAGAGGUAGACGAAGAGAUCUCAGGACAGGAAGGUCUUGAUAGUGCUACGACCAAUGAACCUGCUCUAAUGAGAGCUUGGCCACCCAUGUCAGAUGGCAAAAAUCAUCCUAAGACAAAAAGCACGGUUGACAGGGAAGAACAAGCAGAAUCCAAAGUAUGGCCACCUCCUAAAGCUCCAGAUUACAUGAAAACUGUUAAAGACUUACCAUCUGGUGUUAGGGUGGUUAAAGAGAGCCAGGAAGGAGACGAGAAAACAUCUCAUAAUACAACAGACACAAAAGCUGAUAUCAUAAAGUCUGGUGAAAAACAUCCUGCUGAGGAUCAGCAUCAAGAAAUGUCUAGAGAAACAAUUGAUCAAAAUAAGUCUGUUCCUCCAAAAUCAAUCGGUGAUGGUGGACCAGCAGUGGCUCACCAUGAUGAUAGGUCUCCUUCAUCACACAAUGAUGAAAAGCCUCCGUCGUCUCACCAUGAUGAAAGGCCUCGUUCAUCACACCAUGAUGGAAAGCCACAUUUGAAUCACCAUGAAAACCAUGACAACCAUUCUUCAGCAACAUUAAGAAACAAAGUUCCUGUUGAUGCCCAGACAGGUUUGCCAGUAUGGGUAAAAGAGUUAGAUUAUGAAGAAGAAGAACUGGCAAGUGGAAAGACCUUGAAAUUACCUACUGUUGUCAUGUCUGAUGAUAAAACUCCAGAGAUUCCAGAGAUUGGACAAUAUGGAGAACAAAUAGUUCACAAUUAUCUUCUCAAUGAAAUGGACAAAAAUCCUAAUAUAUCAUUUGUAAAAUGGUGCAAUGAGGAUGAAGAAAUCGGCCAACCUUAUGAUUUCACAGUAGGCAUGAAAAGUGAAGAUGAGGAAUUUACUGUUUACAUUGAAGUUAAAAGUACAUUAUCAGAUACAAAAGAAAUUUUUGAGAUAUCAUAUCCUCAGGUCAGGUUUGCACAGGACAACAGGGAGAGAUUUCAUGUUUAUAGAAUUUUUAAUUCUCUAAAUCCUGACAGAGUUAGACUUGUUCGUAUACAGAAUUUAGCACAGAAAAUCAAUGCAAAACAAGUAAAGUUAUGUUUGUUGAUAUAAGUACCUAUACCUUUAUAUCAUUGCAUACUUUGUUGCUUCUCUAAGAUAAGAACUGAGAUACGCACAUACUGAUAUUAUUAGUACUGUAAAUUCAGAAAUUAUUGGGAUGUUUUUAUUAUGGGGCAUUAUCUACGAGAUAUGAAAAAAAAUAGAAUAUGAAUCAUUAAUAAAAAUGAAAUAAUAAUUUGCUUUUAGCAGCCAAUUUGGUUCAAUUUUGUGAAAAUAAGCAAAGAAACAUCGCUGAUGAAAUAUUCGCUUGCACUUAAAAAUUAUAAUUAACUUAUUUUUUUAACCUAUAACAUGAAAUCAAACAGACCUAGAAAAAAUCAAUUGCACGAGGUGGAUAUCUAUUUAUAUUUGUGUUUAUGUUUAUAUUGGGUUAUGUGACCGUCAGCAGUCUUCGGAGGUCAUCUCGAUAGUUAAUUAGAUGGCGUCUAGACUAAAAUACACACAAAAUUAUGAUAUAUAUUAUCGAGUACAUGCAUUGUUAACUGUUUAUUUCAGACUUAUUGUAAUUUGGAUAUAGGUUUUAGUAUGUUAUAAAUCAAAUAUGAGAAUUUGAGUCAAAUCGGUGAACAUGAAUUUGACAGCUAAUGCCCUUUUAAUGCCAAAAUUGGGACAGUAUCAUUUUGCAAUGAUAAAAACUUCCAUUAAUAAUUACAGAAGUGAUGUUCCUUCAUAUAUGUUUAUAAAAUAUGUGCAAUCACAUUAAUUAGAUAUCAUAUUUUGUCCUGAUGUCAAGGAUUUGCAUUAAUUUCUGAAUUUACAGUUUAUUUCAAUUUGAAUUUAUCUACAUAAUUAAUGUAUGGUAUUAAUUAAAAAGUAAAUUUAUAAUAUAAAAUGAGUGUUUAAGGUUUCAAACCAGCCCUUAUUUUGAGGUCCAAUCCUUACAUUUUUAUAAGGAUUUCUUCAAAAUAUAUUCACACUUCCUUUUGUAACAGAUAACUUUUUUAAUAAAAAUAUAGAACAGAAUUGAUCAAACCACAUUAAGCAUUAUCCCUUGUUCACUGACAAAGGACAAGGUACGAUAAGCCCCCGUUUUGGCACCCCUAUUUUCUCAUUUUUCAAAUUUUGUUUUGGAAAGCUACUUAUUAUGUUGAAAUAUUCCCUUAAGUUUGAAGUUUGUUUGGAUGAACUUCAAAACCAUUAAUUUCAGCAACUAGGUGAGGUGAGGGGGGUGAAAGGGCAUCAAAAAUGCCAAAAAUAGGAAAAAUUACGAUUUUUGGCCUGUGUUUCUUAAAAUUUAAUAGCUUGCGCCUACGUGACCCAGAGAAAAUUAUGGCGAUCUAGACAGCAAAAACAGUGAUAAUGACAUUGUAAUAAAAAAAAUUCCUGGGUCACGUUGGCGCAGGCACUUAAAAACUAAAAAAUCGUUGUUCGGAACACAUUCAAAGUGAAUAAUAAUUACAAAAUCUGAAUAAUAACGGAAAGUUUACCCCAUCACCUCACCCAGUUGCUGAAAUUAAUGGUUUUGAAGUUCAUCCAAACAAACUUCAAACCUCAGGGAAUAUUUAAACAUGAUAAGUAGCUUUCCAAAACAAAAUUUGAAAAAUAAGAAAUUAGGGGGGCCAAAACGGGGGCUUAUCGUACCUUGUCCUUUAAAUGGCAAAUUUUGGGUAAAGACAAAUACGAAAUACUAGUGAAAACACUAUGUUGGGGUUUGACAACAACAAAAACCUCCCAAAAAAGCAUAUUACUGUGUGAGAAGAAGAGAAAAACAAUUUUACUGAAAUUCAAAAUGCAUUAUAAAAAGUUCUAAAUGCUGGAUUGUUUUAAAAUGAUCUAAUAAUUUUCAUGGGACCACUUUGCAAUUGACUGUCAUCUUUGUAAUGAGUACCAUCUCCACACUUAAUUUUAUAUACAUAUGUUCAUCGUAGCCAUGUCAUAAACCUGAAUUGUAUAAUCCUUUUCUGAUAGUCUUUUUUGUAUAGCAUAUUUUGUUUUAAAUGGACUUUCUAUAUAAAUGAUUUGAUAGAUGUAUUUAAUUUCUUCUUAUGGGAUUCUAUUUGAGGUUUGAAUCUAGAUUUCUUAUUUUUGAUUUGAUAAUAUUUAGACUUGAAUGUAUUUUUAAAGAUAAAAGAAAAGAUUCACAUCCCAAAAAAAUCAUUAUCCUAUAAAUAAGAAUCAAAUUUUAUUGUGUAUUGUAUAUUUUUAAAUUGGACCAAAUGAUGCUGUUCUGUGAUUGACUUAUUUUAGUUUUAAUUUUAUCUAUGUAAAACCUUUCAUUUUAUGUGAUUAAGUUCAGUAUUAUUUUUAUCCAUGUACUGGUUGAGGACCAGCUACUGUCAGUUACCAGUUACCAUCACAGGCAUUUUAUGCAAUAAUAGAUAUAAGAAGAUGUGGUAUGAGUGCCAAUGAGACAACUCUCCAUCCAAUACAUAUGUAGAAUGGUUUAUAAAUUUGAAAAUCAAAUUUUAUGCUCUCUUCAAUACAGUGUUACUUGUUGAUUUCCAAUGACACAAAUUCAUGAUCAGUUUAAAGUUAACAAAGGUAGAAGAGCUUCAAAAUUUAUGGAUGGAAUGACAACAUGUUUUGUUCAUUUGAAAUGCCUUCUUCUCUUCUUACCACAAAAUAGCUGAAAAGACUAUAAUAUUAAAAUUAAGUGGAAAUUUCUAUUAUUUAGUAACUAGGUUCUUAAGUGACAGUAACUGGUCCUCAUACCCAUACAAUUUCAUGCAAAAAUCAACACACCUGUUACUCAUUUUUAGCUCACCUGGCCUAAAAGGCCAAAUGAGCUUUUCUUAUCACUAGGUGUCCGUCGUCCUUAGUUGUCUUUAUCUGUUAACUUUUACAAAAAUCUUUUCCUCUGAAACUACUAGGCCAUAUUAAACCAAACUUGGCCACAAUCAUAAUUUGGGUAUCUAGUUUGAAAAAAUGUGUCCGAUGACCCUGCUUGUCAACCAAGAUGGCCAACAUGUCUAAAAAUAGACCAUAGGGGUAAAAUGCAAGUUUUGUCUAUUAAUUUGAAAUUUGCUAUAAAUCAAGAAAAUCUGGUAGGGAGCAAAAAUGUUCAGAAUGUUGAGCUCUACCUAUUGUCUAUUUACGUCAAAACUGUCAGACGACUUCCUAUACGAGUUAUUGCUCUUAAAUGAUGAAUUUUACCAUUUUUUAAAAUUUUGUCUUUUAUCUCGAAAAUUAUAAUAGAUUGACAGAAACUCUAAAUAGCAAAAAUGAUCAGCAAGACAAGAUCCACAAAUAAGUCAAAUGGCGGAAAAUCUUCGGUCUACUCGUUAGUGGAGUUAUUGCCCAAAAUGAUAAUUUUUGUCUCUCCUGCGACGAAAGUUGUGGAAAGUGAGACAAAGGAAUUGCUUUUCUGGCAAUAGCGACAGUGAAGUUGACAGCGACAAUGGUGACAGCUUCAACAAUUGUUCAGUUUUCUGCUUAAGAUAGUUUGAUAGGAACUACUUGUGAGAGAUCAGUUAUAUUUUGUACGAAGUUACAUUACUAUCAGUACAUAUCAGUUUGACAACUAUUUUGAGGCCCUACCCCCUAGUUUAUAGUCCAGUGACUUUCAAUUAAUUACCAAUUUUCAAUGUUAAGUUUUCUACUUUAGUAAGUUUAAUAGGAACUACUUACAAUUGACAAUUAUAUUUUCUAUAAAGUUACAUUACUGUCCAAACAUCAUUUCCAGGCCCUUCCCACUAGUUCAUGGUCCAGCGACUUUGAAUUAAUUAGCAAUGUUAAUGUCCAUCCUAUUGUCUUUUUCAGAAUUUUAUGCCGACAGGCGAGACAUAUCUCUGUGUCAACAGUUUAUUUACAUUUUUUUUGCAUUUUUUGCCUAUUAUCUUGACAAGUAUAAUGGAUAAAUAGAAACUUUAAAAAGGAAAAAUAAUCAGCAGGAUAAGAUCUACAAAUACAUGAACAUGACUGAAUUGUCAGUUAACUCUUAAUAUAGUUAUUCCCCUUUAAUGAUGAUUUUACUAAAAAGUGGCCAUUGUUGAAGAUGCAGGUGAGCGACACAGGUUCUUUAGAGCCUCUAGUUUAGUGUUUAUAAGGGGAUUUGAAAUUAGUCAGAGCCUACGUUAAUAAACCUUAUUUUUGAUAACCCUUUAUAUGUUACAAGAAUAUUUCCACACACAGUUUCUGAUAAAAAAAUAUUUGAAAAAAAACUUUGAAUUUCUGAUGGUAACUAGUACUGGACCAGUAGAGCUUUUCAUUUCAUGUGACUACAUGUGCCAUAUAAUUUUUAUUCAAUUUUUAUUAUUUUUGUUACUUUUUUAAUCAAAUUUCUAUUAUGAAAUAAAGCCAUGAAAAAUUAA